AUGGUGUUUUAUAUAAGCCGCAAGUCUAAAAUCAUUAUAGUACUCAGUAUAUCGGCGCUGUACUUCAUAGCGGAGCUGCAUGACACUGAAAGAUUAGCACAGAUCAAUGAUGUUAUCAGUUUUACAAUAGGCCUCGUGGCCGUAGUGCUCUCAGAACAGAAGGAGACGCCACCAGAGAUGCUCUCUUUUGGUUGGCAGAGAGCAACUAUACUGGGCUCUUUCUUCAAUGGCGUUUUCCUUCUUGCUCUUGGUCUGAGCAUCUUUCUUCACUCCAUUGAGCGCUUUGUAUCCCCUGAACGAUCUCUAUAUCACACGCACUCCUCUUGUUUCAAGAGACAGUUGUUUGCUGAUGACCUAUAUGUGCAGAGCAUCAUGAGCAUGGCGGCGGGCAUACUCACAGUCACUUACACGGCGAGCAACAUGAACAUGCGGAUGAGCUGGUUAAGGACAAUCCACGGCACCCUCUGCAUGCACACGAUUCUCAUGCCGGACACCGGCAUCACCUUCAAGCUCCCCUGGCCAAAGGACACUCUCAUGAUCUUGGGAUGGCCGGAGUGCUGCUUCACGUGGUUUUACGCGGACCCUGCAGUUAGCACAUUCAUCGCCAUCAUGAUAUUCAUCACGGCAAUCCCCCUCGUGCGGAAGAGUGGUGAGAUCCUAUUGCAGAGUGUCCCAGCCGGUCUCAGUCCGUCUGACGUAGCACACGAUCUUGAGAAGGUCAGUUUUGAGACGAUCUAUUCACCACCUCCACAUCUGGCGCCUUGA